AUGACAAACACCACCAGCCUGGCCCUGCCGGUUAUCGUUGCCAAGUCACUCCAAAGCAAGAGCAAUGAUCGAUGGCUUCAAUCCCAGAUUGACGAAGAAUACAAGUCCUCGUCGAUUAUAACCACAGUGACUAAUUGGUCCGUGACGCAGAAGAGGGAAGAGUCAGUAUUGGUACAGGAUGACGAAGUGCCUAACAUCCACUUACUCACUCGCUUUCUCUGGCAACUGCUUGAGCAGUGUCUGGCGCUUCGUGCUCUAGCAAUUUGGAUGAAUAUGGGCAUCACUCCAUCCUGUCAUCAAAACCUUCGCCUUGAACGAGAUCCACGAAAACAAGCCAAUGACGUGAUCUCGAUCAGUGCUGCCGAGAGCUUCGACGCGUUGAACACAGCAAACAAGCGCAACGACGUACCUGAUAUAUCUAAGGGACUAGCCUGCAUACUUCAAAGGCUUCUGGGACAUCAGCUCAUCUUUCACCACUCAUAUGAAGCAUUUUUGGAUACUUACAACAUCAACUCAAUUGAGGGGCUUCAGAGGGCAAUGUCACAGCAAUCUCCCUUGAAUGGCUGCUUAUCGCGCCCUGUGCAUAUCUUGGAGGACUAA